UGCAGGGGACACCGUGACAUGAGAGGCUCACUACAGACCCAUCUCCUCACCGUGGUCCUCCUGUGCCUCUUCUCAAAGGUGUGUGCCCAGCUGUGCCCAACACCAUGCACCUGCCCCUGGCCACCUCCCCGGUGCCCACUGGGGGUGCCUCUGGUGCUGGACGGCUGCAACUGCUGUCGGGUAUGUGCACGGCGCCUGGGGGAGCCCUGCGACCACCACCACGCCUGCGACUCCAGCCAGGGCCUGGUCUGCCAGCUCGGGGCGGGCGCCGGCGGCCAGGGGGCCCUGUGCCUCUUGGGAGAGGAUGAUAGUGGGGGCUGUGAGGUGAACGGACACCGGUACCAGGACGGGGAGUCCUUCCAGCCCCACUGCCGGACCCACUGCCUCUGUGAGGAUGGCGGGGUCACCUGCGUGCCACUCUGCAGUGAGGACAUCCAGCUGCCCAGCUGGGACUGCCCCCAGCCCCGCCGGGUGGAGGUCCCAGGCAAAUGCUGCCCCGAGUGGGUCUGCACCCAGGCCCUGGGGGCCCAGCCCCUCCCAGCCCGAGAAGCCCACUUGUCCGGCCGUGAGCUUCCCCUGCUCCCGGGCAGGCCCUGUCCAGAAUGGAGCACAGCCUGGGGCCCCUGCUCGACCACCUGCGGGCUGGGCGUGGCCACGAGGGUGUCCAAUCAGAACCGCUUCUGCCGACUGGAGACCCAGCGCCGCCUGUGCUUUCCGGGGCCCUGCCCCGUGACCAGGGGACGCAGCCCGUGGAACCGAGCCGUUUAGAGACACGGUCGGUGCCCACGGUCCUCAGCAGGAAGUGCCCGGGCUCAAGCCGAUGGCAGACGGCCCCGCCCCGUGCCCUGGACCACAGAAUUAAAUAGUCCCUGAAUACCAGCUCCUGCCAGCACGUGUGCAUCAGGCUUUUUCCACCAGAGAAAGCCCCUCUCAUCGGGGACGAAGUCCUUUGUGACGACCGUGAGGUGAAAGGGUGCUGUCUUAAAGAAAGUAGAAACACGCGGCUUCGAGAAACCAUUAAACGCACUUUGUAAUAAGA